UUCCGGCUCACCUGGCCCGUGCCAUGGAGAAGGCACUCCAAGCCCAGGAGAUCGCGGGAUAAGAUGGAGAACAGGGACAGAGGAUGCCGCCGUUGCUGGAGCUCCGUGAAAAGGAAUCUGUGUCUGAUUGCUACCAUUGGAGCAGUAAUUUUGGGAAUCGUGCUGGGGUUGCUGGUUCGAGAGUAUGCCUCCCUCUCCGAGCUCCAUAAGCACUAUUUUGGCUUCCCUGGGGAAAUCCUGAUGAGGAUGCUCAACAUGGUGGUCCUCCCACUAAUCAUUUCCAGCAUCAUAACAGGGGCGGCGGCCCUGAACCCGGAGGCGUUGGGCGGCAUCGGCCUGCGUGUGACGAUAUGCUACCUGUCAACAACCGCCAUCGCCGUCUGCCUGGGUAUCACCAUGGUGACAGCCAUCAGACCCGGCUUCCCCCGAGACUCUGACAGCCGCAGUGGGAUCGGGCCCAGGCCAGAGGUCGCCGCGGCGACGGACACCAUGUUGGAUUUGCUCAGGAACAUGGUCCCUGAGAACCUGGUGGGAGCCUGCUUUCAGCAGUACAAAACGCGCAGGAAAGAGGCGGACGCACCUGCAGCGGACGUUUCACCCGCACCUGUGCCCGUCUCCAUGGCGACCCUCUCCUGGCAGAACAUCAGCCAGAACUCCUCGACAGAGGGGCAGAACUACCCCACAGAGGGGCAGCAGUACUCGAUAGAGGGGAGGUACUACGAGGGGAUCAACAUCCUGGGCCUGAUCGUGUUUUGCCUGCUGUUCGGGCUCACCGUGGGCAGGAUGGGGGAGCGGGGGCGGGUCCUGGUGGAGUUCUUCGACGCGCUGAACGAGGCCACCAUGAGAAUCGUCCAGAUAAUUAUGUGCUACAUGCCCGUUGGGAUAGUCUUCCUAAUUGCUGUGAGGAUCGUGGAGGUUGAAAACUGGGACAUGGUCCAGAAACUGGGGCUCUUCAUGGUGACCGUGUUGAGCGGGCUGGCCAUCCACGCCUGCCUCGUUCUCCCGCUGCUCUACCUGGCGUUUGUGAGGAGGAACCCCUUCAGGUUCGCCUGGGGGAUGGCUGAAGCUCUGGUGACCGCCCUCAUGACCUCGUCCAGCACGGCCACGCUGCCCGUGACGCUGCGCUGCGCGGAGGAGAGGAACGGGCUGGACCGGCGGGUCACGCGCUUCGUCCUGCCGCUGGGCACCACCGUCAACAUGGACGGGACCGCCCUGUACGAGGCCGUCGCCGCCAUCUUCAUCGCCCAGCUCAGCGGCUACGCCCUGGGGGUGGGGCAGCUCCUCACGCUCAGUAUCACGGCAACGCUGGCCAGUAUUGGGGCAGCUGGAAUCCCCUCUGCGGGGGCAGUUACUACGAUCAUGGUGCUGUCGGCGCUGAACUUACCCCUGGAUGAUGUCACGCUCUUAAUUGCCGUCGAUUGGCUGCUGGACCGCUUCCGCACGGCGGUCAACGUUCUGGGCGACGCCUUCGCGGCUGGAAUCGUCCAGAAGCUGUCGGAGCGGGAGCUGGGGGGGGCGGGGACGCUACGCAAGCUGGACGCCGCGAGCCUCUGCGCCCUCGACGCGCCCCCGGGCACGGCCGACGCCGAGGAGGACGCCUACGCCAACGACGGCUUCGCCCGCGGCAACGACGGCUUCGCCCGCGGCAACGACGGCUUCGCCCGCGGCAACGGCAUCGACGGCUUCGCCCGCGGCAACGACGGCAUCGCCAAUGACGGCUUCACCCCUGAUCAGGCGGACGCAGAUUUGAACAGCUCUCAGUGCUAG